AUGGUAAAGCAGGCCAUGGUGAAGCUGUGCAUGGUAAGCCAAGCCAAGCCAAGCCAAGCCAAGCCAAGCCAAGCCAAGCCAAGCCAAGCCAAGCCAAGGCAAGCCAAGCCAAGCCAAGCCAAGCCAAGCCAAGCCAAGCCAAGCCAAGCCAAGCCAAGCCAAGCCAAGCCAAGCCAAGCCAAGCCAAGCCAAGCCAAGCCAAGCCAAGCUAAGCUAAGCCACGCCAAAGAAACUGUCUACUGUAAUGUACGACAGUCAAAACUGUUUACCGACCGGUUUUCUUUCUAUUUUUGA